CGCCAGUCGAAUUUGUAACCCUCCGCCUCCAAGUGAAGGCGCGCAUAUGUUUUUUCUAUACCUACUUGCCUGGACCUGACCUGUGUUGGCUUUAUCGCUCCAUUGUCCGGCCCGUCACAGUCUGUCGCUGAUCUUCGAAUGUCGAUUCUUACCUUCGCGCAUCCCACCGUCUAGAACCCCGUCUACAACCUCCUGUGCUACCUUAUUUUACGAUUUUCAUCAUGACUUCAGAACCUCCUGCGAAGCGCAAGUGUUUAGGGGAAGACUGCCCGAACGACGCAGGCUCUCUACAAUGCCCUACAUGCCUGAAGACUGGCAUCAAGGACAGUUUCUUCUGCUCACAAGAGUGCUUUAAGAAGAACUGGGCAACCCACAAGAGCAUACACAAGACUGAGAAAAGUAUUUUCCACCAUCUCCUCCCUCCAAAAGUAGUCUCUAAACCUGAUCCAGAGACCGGCACCUUCAACCCGUUCCCGACCUACCCCUUUACCGGCGCCCUGCGACCCUUCUACCCGCUCUCCCCGAAGCGCACCGUUCCCAAGAGCAUCCCGCACCCCGAUUGGUCCGAAGAUGGCGUCCCCAAAUACAACCGGACCCUCUUGAACCGGAACAAGGUGGAAAUACUGGAUGCCAAGGGAAUCGCCGGCAUGCGAAAGGUGUGCCAACUGGCGCGAGAGGUGCUGGACAUCGCCGCCGCCGCCGUCCAACCGGGCGUCACGACCGACUACAUCGACGAGAUUGUCCACAAGGCCUGUCUAGAGCGCAACGCAUACCCUUCCCCGCUCAACUACAACCACUUCCCCAAGUCCGUCUGCACGUCGGUGAACGAGGUUAUCUGCCACGGCAUCCCCGACCAGCGCGUGCUGCAGGACGGCGACAUCCUCAACGUCGACGUCACCCUAUACUACGGAGGCUACCACGGCGAUCUCAACGAGACGUACUACGUCGGCGACAAGGCCAAGGCGGACCCGGGCUCGGUCCGGGUGGUGGAGGCGGCGCGCGAAUGCCUCGACCUCGCGAUCCAGGCGGUCAAGCCCGGCACGCUGAUCCGCGAGUUCGGCAACAUCAUCGAGAAGCACGCCAAGACCAAGGACUGCAGCGUCAUCCGGACGUACUGCGGCCACGGCAUCAACAGGCUGUUCCACUGCCCGCCCAACGUGCCGCACUACGCCAAGAACAAGGCCGUCGGCGAGUGCAGGCCGGGCAUGACGUUUACCAUCGAGCCCAUGGUUGCGCUCGGCAAGUAUCGGGAUGUUACCUGGCCUGAUAACUGGACCAGCACUACCAUUGACGGGAAACGGACGGCGCAGUUUGAGCACACGCUGCUGGUGACCGAAGAUGGUGUCGAAGUUCUAACGGCCCGGAAGCCGGACUCGCCCGGUGGUCCGGUGCCCAUGCCC